AUGCUGUUCUCGGCAUUCCUUUCCUCUCUGGGUGCAGUGCUCGGAAGAGAGAUCAAACAUGCUGUGCCCAGUGACGGGGUUGCCGGUCUCAGGCGACGGGCGAUCCGACAGGCCUAUGCCAACUGCUGCAGGGAGCACCACCCGGAUCUGAAUGGCGGGCGUGAGAGUUUGGAGUGGAUGAUGAUUCAGCGUGCGUAUCGAAUACUGACGGACCCAGAAGAAAGAGUGUACUACGAUUCUGCGAGAAUAGCUCGAAAUGCUCUGAGUGUCACAGAGGGAGUGGCUGCCUUUGCCUGGGCUGCGGCGCAGCAGAUGGGCGCCGUCGUGUCUGAUGCUGCAGAGGCGGCGCAAGCGGCAGCGCAGCGCCUGGGAGGCUUUGGGCGCUUCCUCCAGGCCGAGUCCCAGGCCGGUGCUGUGUGCUGUUUGGGAUGCUGUUUGGGGCGCAGGCCUGGGCUGAAAGAGGUUCAAAGCAGUUCGGGUUCACCGCCUUCGUGGACGAGAAGGGGCCAGAGAGCUUGGAAGACGCCAAAGAGGAUUGGAAGAAGAAGCGUGCGCGGGUCAGGAAAAGCUUGGAGGAGCUGCGCGAAGCUCGGCAGCGGCUGGAGGAUUUCCAGGAAAGAAGCGGCCUGGACAGCCAGUGAGAGUUUUCUUUGGCGCUGGUGCCCGCUAACGUCUGAACAAAAAGGUCCUGAAGUUGGAACUUUUGGCUUGAAGGUUUUUGGCUCGCUCGCGCAUUUCACGAGCGCGGAUUGGCUCAGCUUCGGGACGGCCGAUUGA